CACACGUACGACAUGGUGGCGAACCGUAGUAUUGAAGAAGGUGAAGAAGUGUUCAAUACGUAUGACUCGCGCGGCAUCAGCAAUGUGGAUUUGCUAUGUCGUUAUGGAUUUCUCAUUGAAGGAAACGCUCGAGAUGUCAUCACGUUUGAAGAAGAUGAAAUUCUUUCUGUUCUCAAAGAGUUUUUCGGUCUUUGGGACGAAUUCGAAUCUGGGCCAGGCGAGAUGAAACCCCCAUUUGGCUGGCAAUCCCCUUCCGAGAGGACCACCGCCUCGCCUGCCAUCGACAAUGAUGCAACAGAUCCGUUCAAGGUAAACAAUUUACCUUUGCAAUCUGGCACAGCCAACGAGAUAACGAGACCUACACCCACACUGAAUGAAACGCCUCUGUCAGUGCACAAUAGCACGACUAUGAUGGGCAAGGGCAAUAGCACCGCUCCUGUCAAACAACAUGAGUAUAGAAUUCAUGACGUGAAUGUCAGAUCAACAUUCUCAGGAGGUGGUGGUGCAAACGCGAUGAAGAGGCGUUUGGAAAGUUCCGAGCUCUUGCAGGAAGAGGGUGCAUCUGAUUACCCUGAUGCCAUAGUAGGAGUAAUGGCGGGCGACGAGGACGAGGGCCACCGUGCAGGUCGUGGAGGGCUCGAACGGCCGCAGACUCAAAGAGAGGACGCGGCCGGCCUCGAACGACCGUUGGAGCUCAGUAUCGAUGCCGACGGACUCGUUUCGCUCGGUUUAUGGAAUCGGCUCGUACGAGCUUCCUUUGACCUUUUCGUAACGACGCGUGGGUUUGGGCUCGGUCGUGACCUUGGCCCAUCAUCGUCCAAGGGGUUAUUAGGCGAGGAGGACGAGGUGGUGGCUAGGCUAACGGACAAAUUGGGAUGGCUUUGGGAGGAAAUAGAGAAUAGUAGGAAGAGAAGAAGAACAGGGUUCGGUAGUGUCUACACGGCCGCUGAGGAUAAUUCGAUUGUCAGUGCGGCUAGUGGUCGCGACCCAUCCUCGCGACCUACCCUUGACCAGCCCUCAUCUCAGCAAUUCUCAAGGCCCCCACGACGACGGCGAAUACUCGAUUCGUCCCAGACCAUCGUGAAACAUGAAACAAUGAGCAAUAGUGAUGAUGGUGCCACAUUAACACCCCCUAAUCAAGUGUCAGAGCCAGUAUCAGCCACACCCACAUUAACACAAGUACCAAGCGCUCGUGGUGGACCUGGUUCUGAUCGAAAAGCAGAUAAAUUAUUGGCUGAGCACAGUGGAUGGGGAACUCUCAGGGACGACCCGCUUGCGGUGCACGACUCCAAUAGGGCCACUGUGGAAUACAUAGGGGGACACGUGAAGGCGCAAGGCGAGGAGACUGACUGGGAUACGCCACUCGGCUACGAAAAACUUGCACAACCAGCAAAAACAUUCUCAACCAGCUCACGAACGUUCUUGAAGCGAGAGGGACGCGACGCCGCGUUCCUGCACCAGCCUCACGGGUGUGAACGCGACGACGAAUACGAGGAGGUUUCUCGCACCAAGUUUGGGGAAGAUGAAGGGUUUAUUCACUCGCGAGAAAACA